AUGUCAUUUUUGAAGCCUUCGAAGUCUGCAAAAUCAGAAAAUGUCCUCGAAUCCCUAGGCGCACUACAAUGGGACUUUCCUACCUCUGCCGCAGCCAUUCCAAACAAAGUCUUUGCAGACGAAAACUUCCAGCAAAAUCUUGCCAAAUUUCUACAGAAAGCGAGUUUCGAAAGAAAAGCUUGGUCGGCGAAUCGCGAAACUAGAGGACGGGCUCUUGCGGCUGCUGCAGACAUCAGAAUCUCGGUCGCAUACAAUGUCCUUCUGGAAAAUCUUCGUCCUCUGUUCAUCAAAGCAACAACAGAUGCGACCGACCGACUCCUAAAUGCCUGUGAAAACUACAAAUCGAAGAUUCAACGUCGAAUCACCCCUCUCGGAACCCGCGCGGCAAGACCAGAGCAUGUGCGGCUCAGCUUGACAAAUAACGCUCCUUACUUGGACCAGUUGCGUCAGCAGCCCCUCGUCAAAACUAUGCCUGGAGGCGCAUAUGUUACGCGACCCGCCCUGCUGCGGUUCCUUGAAAAGUACUCGGAGCUCGCACAGAUGGAAUCAGAUAUCUUGACCCAAAAGGGACCCGUCAUUCCUGCCAACCAUAGAACGUGGGCAGAUUCCAGCCCACUUUCCAUCGCCUGGGAAACAGUUACUGUCAACAAUGGCCUGAGAUUUGAAUAUUACGAUCGUACUCGGAAAGUGUGGCCUGCCGAACAUUUACACAGAGUCGCGAUUGACCACCACUGCAAGAUUCCUCUCCCGCCGCCCAGCCCCUUUGCCAAAAUCGACUUUCCUUCUAGGAUCUUACCGGCCAAUGGCAACACCGUGUCUGCCAAAGGCGCAAGCGAGACUCGUUUGGGAGCCUCUGCCGAAUUCUUGAGUGUCGAUGCUGACAUUACGUUCAACGGAAUCCUUGCUGGCCUCCCUCGGUGCCCGCAGACUAUUGGUCUCCCGGAAUUUCUGGCCUUUCAAGGACUCAUAUGUGGAGGCCGCCGCCUACGGCAAACAAUUCUUGUUGAGCUGGGCUCCUCGAACCUCAACUUCAGCUCUGAGGCAGUUAUGGUUUUGACUCAAGCCCUGAUUUGCCGAACAGGCCCACCUCGAAGGGACCCACUUCAUGUGGUAAAUGCUGUCUUCCGUGAUGCUAGCUUUCGCAGACGUCUGUUGAGCCAAAUUGAACGACGCUUGCUGAGCAUCUUUAAAGGAUUUGAGGAUCCGCGACGCAUUACGGUGUACCAACCUGCCGGACGCGCCAUUACUGUCGAGCCUCGCCGCUUCGAGCUCAUUUCUUUGUGGAUCACAACGGCAUCCUGGAAAGCCAGCAAUUACGAGCAGAAAUCGAUCCGAAUCAAGAUGCAGGAACUUGAUAUGGACUUGCAUCAAAGAUUGUCUUGCGCGACGUACAAAAUCGAAGGCGGCGGAGUGUUGUCGUGCCACUAG